UUUGACGUGGCAAGAGAUCCGGACGUGACAUCGCUGCACAUCAUCUGUCCUCAGCUCCACUUCACCUCACACACAUCUGCAGGUAGCUGCAGGUCCGGGACCAGAGCAGAGCCGAGCAGAGCCGAGCCGAGCAGAGUCCUGGUCCACGAUCUGAACCGGGAGGAGGAAUCAUGUGGCUGGUCGUGUUGGCCGGUCUGCUUCACUGCGCCUCCGCUUACGAUGUGGAUCUGAAGAAGCUGGACGGGCUCGCAAAGGCGAGGGUGGAGACAUGUGGUGGAUGACAGCUGAACAGGCUCAGAGAGGUCAAAGCCUUCGUGGUCCAGGACAUCCCUCUUUACCACAACCUGGUGAUGAAGCAUAUUCCUGGGGCCGACCCUGAGCUUGUCCUCCUGAACCACUAUUUCGAAGAGCUGGAUCGGAUCGCCCUGUCCGACAUGACCCGCUCUGAGAUCAACACGCUGCUGGAGAAGCUCGGCUUCUACAAGAAGGCUCAGGCCGAUGACGAGGUGCCGGAGGAGUUCCGCUUCUCUCCGGCUAAAGACAGCCCGUUUAAAGACGAGCCGGCGUACAAGUCCUCCUCUGCGUCCCUCGUCACGGAGAACACCUCCUCAGAGCCCGAGGCAGAAGCCAAGCACACUGAUCUAUAACCCGUCUCGAGUGGAGAAAAGUAGGAAUCUCACUGUAACACUCCGCCCCGUCGCUGCUCCACGACCAGCUGGUUGUUGCAGAUAACGACAGAAAGAAAUUCUGUUUUAGAAUAAAGCCAGCAGAUCAUGGAUCAACCCGUGGGGCAAAACAAAAUCAUAGCAUCAGCAAAAAGCCUUUUUUUUUUUUUUUUCUUUAAGAGAGAAAGAUCAUCAGUCUGAUUUUGCACGUUGUUCUUGGUGUCUUUAUUUUUGCAGCAAUAAUAAUCUAACAGGCCACGUUGUGAGUGCUUUUCUACUCCCCACACAAAGACUGGAAGUGUGUAUGUUUUUUGGGGUUUUUUUUUUUGGUCCAUAAUGUUUCAGCGGUCUCGUUUGAGUUCUCUUGUGUGUUUGUUUGCUUCCGACCUGCUGUGACACUGAAUGAAGCCUCAGGUUGAAAACCGACUGGCCUUGAGGUUGAUGCUUUAUGUCCUGGCGGGUCGGACUGACACACACAUACGAGGAUUCAAGUGGAAGUGUUGUAAAAAAAUAAUAAAAUACUAGAAAAAAUAA